CAGGGAGGGAGGGAGGGAGGGCUGGGAGAGGGAUCCAACGAUUUGCCAUGUGGGGGUGGAGUCUACUACACCAGCAGCCCAGCUCCAGCUCCAGCUACAGCACACACCACAACCCCCCACCCAACCCCAUCAUCCGUUAGUUACCCUCCCUGGCCUGGCCUGGCCUCCUACCCUUCUUCGCUUCAUGCUCUUGAUUGAUCGCCGGUCCACUCUUCCUGCAAGUGCUUGAUUUUGGUUGGACGACUUCUUGGUCUCUCCUUGGUCCAUAGUCCUAGUCCUACCUAGAUAUGCAGAGCUGCAUUGCCCAAUUGAGGCGCCAUUUUGGGCAGAGAUCGUCGCUGCAUUCAUCAAUGCCGGACCAAUAGCACUCACUUAUUUCGGGGAUAGGUGAGGACGGUCCAGGGGUUGGUGGAUUUAGAUUUGAGGGGACUGCUUUCCUUUGCUUCUUGCUUGACCAUUUGUCGCUGCUAGCUGCUGCUGCUUCUUAUUCUGACACAAGGAAAACACAAUCCCCCCUCCACAACUUUGCUGAUUCGAUGUCACGGGCACCCGGAUGUCAUUGCCCAUCGCCGUCAUAGCUGGCAUUGCCGCCGGUGCCGCCGCCUUGCUUGUUGCGCUGGUCGUGGUGAUCACGCUGUGGUGUCGGGCGCGCCUCAGGGCGAGGCGUAACCGGACCUCCGAGACCGGCUCCUCCGAUCCUUCCACCUUAGUGGAGUGGGGCAAGGGGGGCCGAAGUUCCUCGGCUCCGGAACAUCAAGGCGCCAGGCAUUUCCCUUUGGAGGAGCUAGCGCAGGCGACCAACAACUUCAGCGAAGCCAACUUGGUCGGCGCGGGGAGCUUCGGUUUGGUCUACAAGGGGUUGCUUCUUGAUGGUUCGGUUGUCGCGAUCAAGAGGCGCAUGGGGGCACCCAGGCAUGAGUUUGCUGAAGAGGUUAGGAGGCUUUCAGAGAUUUCUCAUCGGAAUAUUGUAACUCUCAUCGGUUAUUGCCAGGAAGGGGGCCUACAAAUGCUAGUGUAUGAAUAUUCCCCCAAUGGCAAUGUCUGUAGCCAUCUAUAUGAUACAGGGAAAGGCUCCAUGACACGGCUCGAGUUCAAACAAAGGCUUGCAAUAGCCAUUGGUGCAGCUAAAGGUCUAAAUCAUCUCCAUAGUCUUGUGCAUCCUUUGAUCCACAAAAACUUCAAGACAAGCAAUGUACUGGUCGAUGAAAAUUUCAUUGCAAAGGUAGCUGAUUAUGGACUUGUUGGGCUACUUAGAGGAUAUGAUGAUGUCGGUCCAUCACAAGGAUUUACUAGCAGUGUCUACCAAGAUCCUGAGGCACACUCGGUGGCCCAGUUCUCUGAAAGCAGCGAUGUGUACAGCUUUGGAGUAUUCCUUUUGGAGCUAAUUACGGGCAGAGAAGCUGCUCGUUUGGCACCUCCAGAAUCCAGAGAAUCUCUGGCCCACUGGCUGGAAGCACAUUUCAGUUCAAAUGAACUGAUUGACCCAAGGUUAGGUGGUGGUUUCACGUCAGAAGGUAUGAAAGAAUUUGUUGGUCUUGCCUUCCAGUGCCUGAACCCAUCCUGCAGAAGGCGGCCAAAGAUGAGGCUGGUUGCAGUCGAGCUAGAUCGGAUUCUUGAGACGGAGAUGUCUCUGACGACGAUCAUGGGCGAUGGAACCGCCAUCAUCACCCUCGGGAGCCAACUGUUUACGUCGUGAAGACGGAAAUUGAUUGCAUGUCUGCUAUUUGAUGACAUGAUGAUUGUACGUGGAGUCUAACAGCUGUUGUUUAUGAUCAGCUCUGCAGGCUCUGCGUUGUUUGUGAAUUACCAUGUAUGGUUCUUUUUUAAGCUUAUCAUGGUUGUUAUUGUUUGGUAGGAGAGGUGAGAAGAAAUAGAGCUGUAUGUAUCUUCCUUUUUCUUCCUCCUAUUUGUCUGUCGAUGGAAUUGUAUGUAAUUUUCAGAUUGUUUUAAUCCCUGAAUGGGCUAUUGAUUCGAGUUCUUUUGCAAA